AUGUCAGAGGCGAAGGUGACACAGGCGUCCGAGGCGCUGCUGUCCUUCCUCCGCGACACGCUGGGCUCUGCGCCGGAGCAGCUCUUCGCGGGCGCGCCGCUCCGCUCGCACCUCGACCAGGUGCGCGGCCGGAUCGAGACCGCCGAGGCGGAGAUGGUCGAGGUCGUCAGUGCGCUCCGGCCGGAGAUGGAGACGACUUUCGCGCUCGGCGAGAGCGUCGCCGAGCGCCUCCGCCAGCUGCGCGGCGGGCUCGAGUCGGUCGGCCACGAGGCGCUGCAGCAGCGGCUGCAGGGCAUCUCUGCGCGGCGCGGGCGGCUCCGGGAGGAGAUCGCAUCGGCGCAGUCGGUGAGCGCCGUGCUGCAGGCGCUGUCCCGCAUGCACGUCUCUCUGGAGGGCUUCGACGCCGCGCUCGAGGCUGGCCGGCUCGGCGAUGCCUCCGUGGCGCUGCGGUCUGCGAGCGCGUCGUUCGGAGGCCUGUGCUGCCUCGGUGUGGCGGACAAGGCGCUGCUCGGGCUUUUGCGCGAGCGGACGGGCGCCGCGCGCGAGUCGCUCGCUGCCGCCGCCGCCGCGGCGUGGGAGGAGGCGGGAGGCGGCGGCGAGGGAGGCGGCGGGGAGGGAGGCGGUCGGGAGGGAGGCUCGCUCCGGCUGUUGGGCUGUGGCGUGGGGGGGCGCGUCGCACCGUCGAUCUUGCGGGCGCUGCAUGAGACGGGGACG